AUCAUGUACGGCUUCUUACCCAUGAUUCACAUAACUUUACCACUUCUAUGGAGGUUUAGAUAUGCUACAACUCAAGGAAAUGAAUACAAUUUUCCUGAGAUCCCAGUUCUACCUGCCUCAUUGCUCCAGUUUCACCAAUUCAUAUUCACAUCCUCCAUCUCUCAUUCCCAUCAAAACCACAACAUACCUGAAACAGUACUCCAUCAAUUCUCCCACAGCAACCCUACCUUCAAAAACUAGAACCAUCCCAAGACACCCGACAAAAUCCAAUCAGAAAAACAAGCCCCUAAUCUUAGAACUCGUGCCAAAAUGCCAAAUUCCCUCGAGAGAGCUGGAACCUCUAAAAGGUUCUCCCAAUCGGUAUUCAAGGUUGGUGAUACUAGGAGCUGUUUCUUUCGGAUUGGUGCUGUUUCUUGUGGGAAUGGAUGACCAGAUGGCGUUGGCUCUUGGUCCAGAGGGGCCUCUGAUGGAAGAGUUUUGGGACAAUGUCAGAAGAUAUGCUCUUUACGCUCUCACAGUCAGUACGGGAGCUAUUUACACGAUCUUCCUACCCAUAGUGGAGUUGCUUAAGAACCCCAUAUCAGCAAUUCUCGUUCUAACCAUCUUAGGGGGAGGUAUUUUCAUUGUUUCCCAAGUGCUUUCUGCCAUGGUUGGUGUUUCUGAUUUCACUUAUGAUUAUGGAUAUUAGAUUGUAAGUUAAUUUGUACCUCAAAAGGUUUCUUUGCCUUGAUUAUGCCACGUUCCUUUUGUUUGUUCCCUCAGCAGAAACAAAUUGUGGGAAAUGGAGUUGUUUAUUUCAUGUUUAAA